AUGAUUGGUCGUUCCACCAUUAAAACCUGUGUGAAACCCUUCGUCCAUCCAAGUGGGCCCAUCAACAGUGUGAUGCCUCAAUCUGCAUCAAGUUCAUGCUGUUUUCAUCUCUCACUUGGAUGUGUGAAACCAAAUCAUGUUGUGAAGACAAACUCCCGCCACUCUCUUACUGCAAACCCUAGGAGCAACAGCAACAACAACUGGCAGUUGUUAAGCAUCAAAACUGCUAUGCGAUCCAGAAGCGGGACACAAAAGACACGCUUUGAUCUUUCACUGGGGUCCCGCAGUAUGAACUUACGGCUUUUAUUUCCAAAACAAGGAAUCAUCUCUAGAAUGAAAUGGAGUUUGGUACCUGGAUCUUGGACACAAGGGUGUGCAUCAGCUGGGGUUGCAAUGGGAUUAGCUGUUUGCAGUUCAAGUUCUGAGCCAUCAUAUGCUGAAGCAGAAGAGAAGAAGGAAGAAGACGACUGUAGUUCAUCAAAUACUAACUUUUCACAUGGAAAGCAAGUUCAUACUGAUUAUUCUGUUAUAGGAAUACCUGGAGAUGGGAGAUGUUUGUUUCGGGCUGUUGCACAUGGAGCAUGUAUACGAUCAGGGAAGCCUGCUCCUAGUGAGAGAAUGCAAAGAGAGUUGGCUGAUGAAUUGCGUGCCAGGGUGGCAGAUGAAUUUGUUAAAAGACGGGAAGAAACUGAAUGGUUUAUUGAAGAUGACUUUGCUUCAUAUGUGUCACAAAUGAGGAAGACACAUGUAUGGGGAGGGGAACCUGAAUUACUCAUGGCUUCUCAUGUUCUCAAGAUGCCAAUUUGGGUGUAUAUGAGUGAUGCGGAUUCAGGUGGUCUGAUAUGUAUUGCAGAAUAUGGUGAUGAAUACAAGAGUAGUAGUAGUCAUAAGAAAGAUGAUCCAAAUCCAAUCAGAGUGUUGUACCAUGGUUUUGGUCAUUAUGAUGCUUUGCAUAUCCCCACCCCUCCUCCUAAAAAGGAUUCCCGAUCCAGAUUGUAAAAUUAUUGUUCUUACUUAAUGUUGUUACACAAGUCUAACUGUAACAUCAAUAACCAUAAAAAGAAAUAGGUUUAAUAUUUACUGAUUAUUUAUUUAUUUAUUUAUUAUUAUCUACUAAGGUUGUUGAAAUUCAAUCUAGUAAAUAAUACAGAAAGAAAGAGUAAUGAGGAACUGCUGAUCUUUUUUCUUUA